AUGGAUAGUAAUAAUAGCAGUAGAAGUAGUAGUAUUUAUAGUGAAUUGCUAAUUGAUCAGAAUGAUUUGGUGAAUAUCGGUAAAAUGAAGGUCGAGGAUUACCUAAACUAUCAGUUGAAGUUGCAGAUCGAUGACAUUAUGAAUCACAUGGAGAAAAAGAUUGCCGACUUGAAAGAGAAUUCCAUCAAGAAGAAAGAAGAAAUACGUCUACAAUUGAACAGUGAAAUCAAUAAUGAAUCUGCUGACCAAGAAGAUGACGAUGAUGAAGAUCUUUCCAACGAUGAAAAUGCUGCCAACUAA